CUUAACACAGUGCAGAGCGGAGCUGACGGCCGCAGUCGAGCCCUGGAUUGUUACAGAGGAAGAGAGCAGCCCUCCUGCCGCCUGUUAUAGCCGCCACCAUGGACAUCAAACUGCUGGCUCUGAUGACUCUGCUGGCCGUGGCCACACAUGUCCCAACGUCCAACGCAAAGCCCAUCAGCUUGGUCGAGCGGUGCUGGUGUCGCUCCACUCUCAACACGGUUCCUCAGCGUGCCAUCAAAGAGCUCAAGUUUCUCCACACACCCAACUGCCCCUUCCAAGUCAUUGCUAAGCUGAAGAGCAACAGGGAGGUUUGCAUCAACCCGGAGACCAAGUGGCUUCAGCAGUACUUAAAGAACGCCAUUAACAAGGUGAAGAAAUCCAGAAGACGCAAUAACAAGAAAAACUAAAGCCAAGGGAAGGCCCGUGUGCCGUCGAGCCCGAAGUUCCCAGGUCGAACCUCUAUACCUCCCUCUCACUGCUAUGGAUGUAUGCAAACACGCUGUAUGUACCUGUCCACCGACUCUGGACCGCUUAUAGAACCAGCACUUCACUGGCAAACUGUGCCAUCUCCAGCACCACCACCACCACCUAUGAUCCCUCCACCACCACCACUGAUCCCUGUGGACAUCCGAGCAGUCAACCCAUGUUAGCGCCAAGUGCAAUUAUGCCUUGGAAUGACGACGAGUCGCGUGUCAAUGUCGAUGUCGAACAUACUUAAAGUGUGCUGAGUGAAUGGCAGGAAAGAGAGUGUCUGUGUUUCUUUGAAUGUGGUAUACAUGAACUAACUAUGACUGUGUCUCUGUGUAACGUCUCCUUUCUUCACGCAGCUAUAUUGGAGCAAUAUUCGCUUUCCUUCUCAUGCAGUGCCUUGUGGGUAAUGCCACCAUCAUGUCAUGUUGGACUGGAUAUGUCAGUUGUGGUUUAGUCCAGAGCAAGUGUUUGACUUACAAACACGUGAUUAAAUCCAUUAGAUUAAACUAUGAUGCCAUACCAAUCAUACCAUACCUACCUAAAUAUAUUACUAAAAUAAUUACAAUAAUUACAUGAAGUGAGAGUAUUCCAGAGUAAUGGUUUUUUUUAAAUGUGAUUUAAAGUGACAGUGGUGUCAUGAUCAUCGACAGCCAGAAGCGUAGAGAGACCAGACCACGCUACCAUCAUGCAACUCAUCAUGGCAUCACCUUUGAACUUGCAGCAGCAGAGAAAGAGAGGAAGCUCACACUAGCAGCUAAGAAUCAGGCACUGAUCUUAUGGUGCUAUACUGUAUACUCAACAUAUGGGGUCAAAGCCAUUGACAUAACUGUAUUUCACUGUUUAUUUUAUGCAGAAUGUUAAAUGAUAUGUCAGUGCAUUGAAUGAAAAGCAAAUCUUUUCCACUCAGUCAAUGUUUAAAGGGCUGUUGAAGUGCAAAAUAAAAAUAGUAAGCUAUUGUAGUAGGUGUUGACUGCACUGAACUGAUAAACACUAUGUAGAAAUAACACACCUUUCAAUGCAACUUUUGUAUUAUUUGAAUAUAUCCGUGAACAGAGACCAAAUAUCAGUUGAGUGAAACAUGCAACUUUUUUUUUAGUUUUAUUGUCAGUAAAAGGAGGUGGUAUGUCAUUAUCAUUCAGUUUGCACCUUGGCAGAGGGACCAAGUAAAUCAUGACAACGCAGUAUUUUCAUACCAACACCUGUCCUUGGUAGGAAUGAAAAGCUAAUACAUUGUCACAAAUUGCUGAACAAUAAAUGUCACAAAGGGAAUGUUCACAUGGCAAAAAAAAAAAAAAAAAGAUUAUUCUUUUUUAUAUAUAUUUGAGCCACUUUAUUAUCAGAUGUGUCUUUUAAAUGUAAUUGAUUUAUUUUUAUAUUACGUAUAAUCUUACUAAUUGAUUUUUAAUGCAGUGUACAGUAUGCAGUAAAGGAAGGCUGCACCAUAAAGUGCUACAAACAGUAUUUGUUUUUCACUAUUUUACAUUAAUGCAGUAGUAUGCAGUCACUGGUUUGCAAAUAACAUCGUAUUUUAUCAUUAUUAUUAUUAUUAUUAUUUUUUACAACAUGGUUAAAAUGCUGUCCAAAUUAUGUCCUGUUCCCCUGUAAAAAGAGCGAGCUGAAUAAAAUGUGUUCAGUCCAACAUGCAGUGAAUGAAAACAAAAGCCGUUGUCAUUGUGUUACAUGAGCCAGGAAACUGCUCACCUUGGCCCACAACGUGUCCCCGUCCAACACUUUGAUUCGAUUUUUUUUAUAGCUUUGCUUAGGUUGAUGUAUGAUGUGUCAACAGAGCCACUGAGCCAAGACUGAACAAAACCUUUAGAUCGGAGCGAGCAGCAUGUGCUUUUAAUCUGGACACUCCCAGCACCCAAUGGGCUUUCUUUUCAGUUUCACUCCACAGCUGCCAUGCUGCAAAACUAGGCUUUUAUUUUCACCUAAACACUGCUCUGGAAGCCCAGGUGGUUGUGGUCAUUAUUUUGUUUCAUUUUCUUCUACAUGGUCUAUUUACUGACUGACUGGUCACUGCUGAUAAUCUUAUCGGUUUGUACCUAAUGGUGCAAGAACAAUCCUGUUAAGCGUAACUAAUUUCCCAUUAAUAUAACCAAAUUGAAUGACCAUCAUUCUUAUAUAAUUAUACUCAUUUGUGUAAACACAUUGCUAAAUAAGCUAAAUAAGAGUGUUCCAUUUUCCCAGCAUGGAAAGAUAAAUGUCUAAUUCCAUUAAUUGUGUUCAAGUUCAAUGAAAAUUAGCAAUCUACACCAUCACGAGUUAAACUGUAAAGUUACAUCCAGAGAGAAUAUGUCCUUCUGUAAAGUUCAACUAUUUUCACGAUUAAGUAGGAGGAAAAAUAUAUUAUCUGUAGUAAAAGUAUGUUAAACUAACGGCAAACAUUUGUACCCAACUGUUAUAACCACACACGUGACUCAUGACUUAUGUUAAAAAGAUUAUUGUAUUGUAACAAGUAUUUAGUUCUAUGAAGUCGUCUAGAGCUGUGGAAACAUUUAACCCUGUCAGUGAACUGUCAGCACGGAGAAUAACAAUCAUUUAAAGACAUACUGUAUGUGUGUACAUAUAUAGACCAAAUAUGCAUUAAAAUUCACAUUUGCUUGAUAUUAGUGUGUUGAUUAAUGAGUCAACGAUUUUUUUUUUUUUUUUUACUUUGGACCCCAAGACAAUGUGAAAUAACAUUUCUUUUGAGGCAGCUUGCGACACAUAUACUCCAUAUACGUGAGAUGCAUUAGAAUACUACUCGCUGUAUUUUUACUGUAAACCAAGAGGCAGUAUUUUAGCAAUGAUAUCCCAUGCCCAUUUUUCAAUAAAGUCAUAAGAAAUAAAGAUUAA